UCCGAUAUACUCUGUACCUUUCCGGCAGAGACCGCAAAGAAGGAGACAUUGAGAACAGUAUGUCAGAAAAGGAAGGACCCCUCCUAUCUGGUACAAACCCCACCGAGCCUCCGCCCUCAUACGAAUCCACGACGCAGACACCAAAACGCCUACCACCGCCGCCGCCACUCUCUCUACCGUUUCUCCAGACAUUGCGCACGAGACGCGUUAUCCUAGCCUCGCAAUCUCCUCGCCGCCGCCAAAUAAUUGCUUAUCUAGGCCUCCCUCAUGUCGAAGUCGUCCCAUCCAACUUUGCCGAGGACCUUUCGCACGAACUGCAACCUAUUGAAUAUGUGCUAGCUACAGCAACGCAAAAGGCACAAGAUGUUUACGCGCGUGAGAUCGUCAACGAGGAAAAGGGCGAGCCCGCGCUCAUUCUCGCGGCUGACACAAUUGUCGUGGAGCCGCAGUCUGGCGCAAUUUUGGAGAAGCCACGCUCGGAGGCCCAUCAUAUUGCCAUGCUGAAAAGUCUGAGAGAUGCGAGGACUCAUAAAGUUUUCACAGCUAUUGUGGCGAUGGCGCCGCUGAACAGUGCGAGGGAUCCGGGUUAUGCGAUUGAGACAGCGAUUGAGGAGACGGAGGUGAGGUUUGAUGGUGGGUUGACGGAUGAGCUGAUAUUGGCGUAUGUGAGGACGAGAGAGGGUGCUGAUAAGGCUGGGGGCUAUGGGAUGCAGGGGUUGGGGAGCAUAUUGGUCGAGGGGAUUCAGGGGAGUGCGGAUAAUGUUAUUGGAUUGCCGUUGAAGACGACAUUGAGAGUUAUAGAGAAGGUUCUGAUCAAGGCAGACGAUGAUGAGCGGUUGGGUUCGGAUGGAGAGGACGAAGACGAGGAUGAGGAGUAGUUCAAAGAAUCAAUGUCUGAUCUUUUUGCUUGGGGAUAAUGUUCGGGAUACCCGGCUUGGUUAUGAAUAGAAAGGAACCUGAUAGAAUGGAUUGUGAUGCUCCCGAAAGUUCGCGG